AUGGCCGAGCAGAAGUCCUUGGAUUCGCUGAGCAGUCACCACGAGCUAGGCCCCGUGCUGGGAGCCAGGGUGAACAUGACAGACCGCUCCAGUCCUCCCAGAGCUGCGGGGCUGGAAGAUGGGAUGGGAGAGGCCAAGCAGCCACGCGAGGGACCCAAAGGAGACACUGGCCCCCGAGGCCCAAGGGGACCUGCCGGCCCCCCUGGCCGCGACGGCAUCCCUGGACAGCCUGGACUUCCUGGACCCCCCGGCCCUCCCGGACCCCCCGGACCCCCUGGCCUCGGAGGAAACUUUGCUCCCCAAAUGUCUUACGGCUACGAUGAGAAGUCAGCUGGAGGAAUCUCUGUGCCUGGCCCCAUGGGUCCUUCUGGUCCUCGUGGUCUCCCUGGUCCCCCUGGUGCACCUGGUCCCCAAGGUUUCCAAGGCCCCCCUGGUGAGCCCGGCGAGCCUGGAGCUUCAGGUCCCAUGGGUCCCCGUGGUCCCCCUGGUCCCCCUGGCAAGAACGGAGAUGACGGUGAAGCUGGAAAGCCUGGUCGUCCUGGUGAGCGUGGGCCUCCUGGACCUCAGGGUGCCCGGGGAUUGCCUGGAACUGCUGGCCUUCCUGGAAUGAAGGGACACAGAGGUUUCAGUGGUUUGGAUGGUGCCAAGGGAGAUGCUGGUCCUGCUGGUCCCAAGGGUGAGCCUGGUAGCCCCGGUGAAAAUGGAGCUCCUGGCCAGAUGGGUCCCCGUGGUCUGCCUGGUGAGAGAGGACGCCCCGGAGCCCCUGGCCCUGCUGGUGCUCGUGGAAAUGACGGUGCUACCGGUGCCGCCGGCCCCCCUGGUCCCACUGGCCCCGCUGGUCCUCCCGGCUUCCCUGGUGCUGUUGGUGCUAAGGGUGAAGCCGGUCCCCAAGGAGCCCGUGGCUCUGAAGGUCCCCAGGGUGUGCGUGGCGAGCCCGGCCCCCCCGGCCCUGCUGGUGCUGCUGGCCCUGCUGGAAACCCCGGUGCUGACGGACAGCCUGGUGCCAAAGGUGCCAACGGCGCUCCUGGGAUUGCUGGCGCUCCUGGCUUCCCUGGUGCCCGAGGCCCCUCUGGACCCCAGGGCCCCAGCGGCCCUCCCGGUCCCAAGGGUAACAGUGGCGAACCUGGUGCCCCCGGCAACAAAGGAGACACUGGCGCCAAGGGAGAGCCCGGCCCCACUGGUAUCCAAGGCCCCCCUGGCCCCGCUGGGGAAGAAGGAAAGCGAGGAGCCCGAGGCGAACCCGGCCCCACUGGCCUGCCCGGACCCCCUGGCGAGCGCGGCGGACCCGGUAGCCGUGGCUUCCCUGGCGCAGAUGGUGUGGCUGGUCCCAAGGGUCCCGCCGGUGAACGUGGUUCUCCUGGCCCUGCUGGCCCCAAAGGUUCUCCUGGUGAAGCUGGUCGCCCCGGUGAAGCUGGUCUGCCUGGUGCCAAGGGUCUGACUGGAAGCCCCGGCAGCCCUGGUCCGGAUGGCAAAACUGGUCCCCCUGGUCCCGCUGGUCAAGAUGGUCGCCCCGGACCCCCAGGCCCCCCCGGUGCCCGUGGUCAGGCUGGUGUGAUGGGAUUCCCCGGGCCUAAAGGUGCUGCUGGAGAGCCUGGCAAAGCAGGAGAACGAGGUGUCCCUGGGCCCCCUGGCGCUGUUGGUCCUGCUGGCAAAGAUGGAGAAGCUGGAGCUGGUGAUGCUGGUGCCCCCGGAGCCCCCGGUAGCCAGGGCGCUCCUGGCCUUCAGGGAAUGCCUGGUGAACGAGGUGCAGCUGGCCUUCCUGGCCCUAAGGGUGACAGAGGCGAUGCCGGUCCCAAAGGUGCUGAUGGUUCUCCUGGCAAAGAUGGUGUCCGUGGCCUGACUGGCCCCAUUGGUCCUCCUGGCCCCGCUGGUGCCCCCGGUGACAAGGGUGAAGCUGGUCCCAGCGGCCCCGCUGGUCCCACUGGAGCUCGUGGCGCCCCCGGAGACCGUGGUGAGCCUGGUCCCCCCGGCCCUGCUGGCUUCGCUGGCCCCCCUGGUGCUGAUGGCCAACCUGGUGCUAAAGGCGAGCCCGGAGACGCUGGUGCUAAAGGCGAUGCUGGUCCCCCUGGUCCCGCUGGCCCCACUGGACCCCCCGGCCCCAUCGGCAACGUUGGUGCUCCUGGACCCAAAGGUGCUCGAGGCAGUGCCGGUCCCCCUGGUGCUACUGGUUUCCCUGGUGCUGCUGGCCGAGUCGGUCCUCCCGGCCCCUCUGGAAACGCUGGACCCCCUGGCCCUCCCGGCCCUGUCGGCAAAGAAGGCGGCAAAGGCCCCCGCGGUGAGACUGGCCCCGCUGGGCGUCCCGGGGAAGUCGGUCCCCCUGGUCCCCCCGGCCCUGCUGGUGAGAAAGGAUCUCCUGGUGCUGACGGACCUGCUGGUGCUCCCGGCACUCCCGGACCUCAAGGCAUUGCUGGACAGCGUGGCGUGGUUGGCCUGCCCGGUCAGCGAGGAGAAAGAGGCUUCCCUGGUCUUCCCGGCCCCUCUACCUCUGACCCCGAGUGUUUGGCCCUGUGGGGCACAGCCCUGGCCCUGCCGAGCAACCCCCACCGGUACCUCAGAGGAGCGGGCAGGUCUGUGUGCCCCUUCCCUGGACCUCACCCUCCCCACCGUCUACCCCAGCCUUGA